AUGACCAUAUCUUCAUCAUCUUUCUCACCGAAGCCCCCCGGAGAGGAUUCUUCGAAUAAAUCAUUGGACCUAUCUCAGCCUCAGGAAUCACUUAUACAACAACAACAACUUUUGGAAACCACUUCCUCUGCAGAACACACUACACUUCAUGCAUCGCCUAGUAAUGAUCCAUACACGGCCUCCUCCACUCCAGAUAAUAACAUGGCAUCCACUCUGCGUACGCUCACUGAGCAAACUCAUCAAUUCUACAUGAGCCCACGCACGGCAGUAGGUGUUAGCGAAACUGAACAAGAAAGCUUUUCUACAAACCCUCCUAAAAUGCCAGCUAUUUUAAAAAUUAAUAAUAAUUCUCCUGCUGCUUCAUUUCGAAACUCACCUGAUAUCAUGGAAGAAGAAGAGGAAGAUGAUGAUGAAGAUGGUAUGGGAAAUGAGUCCGGAUAUGCCGACGGUCAAGAUAUUGAUGAACGUACCGAACGACCGCUCUCAGAGGAGGUUCAAAACCUUGCACACCGCCAUCAUCAUCAUCACCACCACCACCACCACACAGAUGAUGAACUCCCCACUGAACCAAACGAGCUCAAUGAGCUCACUCGGUUUUCUAGUGCUGUAGACUUGCUUUCAGCCAGUGAUGAUGAGGACCUACUUUCGCGUGGAAAGCUCGAUGAACUACAAGCGUUGUGCAAACAAGUCUUUAGCGGUGCGGCAGAAGUCCACCGGCUCUACGGCAUAGUUUCUGGUAUUAAGCCUCUUCAAAUUAUAACUCCCUCAGACUCUGAGAUCCGCUCUCUUGUAGACUCAUAUGUCUUUGACAAUGUACCUGAGGGUACUGAUCUUGACGAUGACCUAGAGGAAGACGAAUCUUCGACCCGAGUGGCUCAAUGUAUGUCUGUUCUUCGUGCACAACUCCUCCUCGAGUCUGAGUACCUACAAGCUGUAGCGGCUCAACUUCAAGAUCCUGCGAGGAAGGCAACUUUUAAUGCGGCCACUGCCGCUGCUCCUCUGGCUACCAUUCUUUGUGGUGAUAGCCACACAAAAGAGCCUCUUGUGUACUAUCCAGCUGCUCUUCAACAAGCACCACCACCACCAUCUUUAUCUCCACCAAUUGCUACACAGGAACCUGUUGCAGAGACAAGCGAACAAAGUGGAUAUCCUGUUUUUUCUCACGUUAGAAUUUCCCACGAAGACAUGCUGCCUGCCCCAGAAAAUUUUAGUAUGGUGGUAAAUGGCAUCUACCGUUCUUCUUUUCCGCGCGCUGAUUGCUUUGAAUUUCUCAAGAAAAUCAAACUCAAGUCUAUCUUAGUCCUUAUUCCGGAACAGUAUCCAGAUGAAAAUGUCGAAUUUCUCAAGUCUCAAGGCAUUCAAUUUUUUCAAGUAGGAAUGCCUGGCAAUAAAGAGCCCUUUGUACAUGUCCCCCAUUCCACAAUCACACAGGCCCUUGAGAUUGCUAUCAACCCGGCGAAUCAUCCAGUGCUUAUCCACUGCAACCGCGGCAAGCAUCGCACUGGCUGUGUGGUCGGGUGCAUUCGUCGUUUACAAAAUUGGUCGCUUACCAUGAUUUUUGACGAGUAUCGCCGGUUUGCAUUUCCCAAGGCUCGACCAUUGGAUCAGCAACUUAUUGAGCUGUACAAUGAUCACGAAAUUUAUAGCUCUGCUACUGAACAAGGCUGGCUGCCGCUCCAGUGGUGA